UUAGAAUUGUUUUAAAUCUCUGGUUAACGAGCAAAAACCUUUUUUCCCCCAAAACACAGUUUCUAAUUGUAUUAUGUUGGUAAAUUCCAUGACAAUUUUAUACUUAAAUACAAUUUUACAGUAAUGCAGCUUUAAAAAAACAUACGAAUGUAGAAAUUUGAUCUACUUUUUCUUUUAAGUAAUAAUCAUUAUUGAAGUGUUAUCUUGUGCACAAUGACAUAACAUUGAGCUCCACUGAUGACGAAAAUGUAUAUUUGUUGAAAAUGUACUCACUAAAAGCGUUUUUAAUGUUUGAAAGCAAUUGUCAGAAAGAUAUACUCUGAUGUUAUUUCAAAAUUAUCUGAAAGAUUAUGACAUUAUCAAAUGAUGGUUAAUAUCACCUGUGGCAGUCUGACACAGAUAUACUCAAGAUGCUGGAACAAAUAAAACAGGCGCUGCAGCUAUUUAUACUUUUGGGAAAGAAAGGUCACUGUCAAGGAGGACUUUUGGUUCUACUCUGGGCUGAACCAGGAGCCGCAAACUGCUCUGUUGCAGCUGCGGGUUCCAAGUGGAGAAGAAUCCAACCGGAAACACUCCAAAAUGUGCUCACAGAUGUGAAGUUUUCCUGCACUGGAACAAUUCCUGAGCCUGACCCAGAGGAGCUGCAUGCUUUUACCGACGUGCACGGCUCCCUGAAACUACUGCUAUCCUUUCAGGUAAAGGAUUUAAGAUGCCUCAGUCCAGAGUGGCCUGCCCGUAUCAAAGCUUUCCUGAGCAUAUUUAGUCUGGCCAAUGCAGCGACUAGCGUGCACCUGCGUUGCAAAUUCCCCCAGCAGACCAUCCUGGAAGAAUUUAGAGCGAACUUCACAAAGAGACUUACACUGGCAAUGGAACCGUCACUGAUGUUGGAUGUCACUUGCAGUUCCCUCGGCAACGAGUUGGUGAAAAAAGGAAGCUGGUGUCCCGGAGGCCACCCUGUCCUGGGCAGCGUAUUGCCUCUUAGCAUCCCACCUGCGACCAUGGACAACGGCCUGUACGGCGAACUCAACAUGCAGCUUGUGGCUCUCCUGUCACCUUGUGUGCUGCAAUACCCUAAUCUGGAAACACUUCUUACGCAUGUAGAAGUGUUGUCUUACCCCCCAUCUCAUGUUCCAAUGACAUUCCCCUUCGCCUUCUUCCAAAGCCUUGUCACUCAUCUGGACUUCCAGGAAUUUGGGCAGCGAAUCCUCCACUGCCCCUCCUACAUUGAUCCUUCACAUGAAGGCAGCAUUGUAUAUGCUGUGGAGCACAAAACCUGUCAGGAACCUGAGAAAAGGUUACAGUUGCACCCUGUAAAGCAGAAACUCUUGAUCUUCCUCUUUUUGCAGCACACUGACCCAUUUGUCUCACAGCUUUCUGACUUUAUGGGUGCUGAUACCCUGAUUGGGCGCCACCUCGAGGACAUUCUGAACAACAACAGGCGGGCAGUCACAGGAGCGCUGCACACUGAGUUAAGUAAUACAUUGAAGGCUCAAGAUCGCAGAAAGAAGGACCAAGAGAAGCUGCUUUCGGCUGCUGAGGUCAUUCUUAGCACAUCCAUCAGUAUUGUGAGCUGCAGCACCAACUUGAACUUCAGACUAGCCUGCCUGAGUCGCAUGCAGGUGAGCAAUACUCAUGAACUGGCAGCCUCUCUCCGUGAAGCCUUGCUGAGGGUGAUAUCAUGGAGAUGUGUCCCCAGGAAAGGGUGCUACUCUGCUCAGGUAGAAGAACGUCUGGAAAGUGCUGAGGACACCAGAGCAGAAAUCUGAUCCUGAAAAAAUUUUUGCUCAUGGUUGAAUUCUGCAAAAGUAAUGUUAAAAAGAAUAGUUUAUAUUAUGUGCUUCUUGAAAAUGUACUUGAACCAAAAUAUGUUGAACCAUUUGUUUAUAGCUUGUUUCAAUGUUGGAAGCUUCGAAUCGAAAUUGAGCAAAAAAGCCCUUUAACUUAAACAUUGUACAACAUGUAAAUGUGGACAAUAAAAUGACAAUUAUGUCAAAAAUGUUAUGUUUUUCCACUAGAUGUCAGAAGGUACAAUAUACCUGUGUAUUCACCUGUUGCAAUUCAUACAACAGAAUAAGUCAUGGCCUGCUAUGAGUAUAUAAGCUUGUGUUCAAUUAAACAGGCCCACAUUUAACACAGAGCAAGUCAAUUUUGAAGUAAAUUGAGAAAAGAUUAUUAAUAAAGUAGUCAUACUUUUUGUGA